GAUAACUCAAAGGUCAAAUACAAUAUCACCAUCAAUGUCUUAAAGAAUACUUGAAUCUAUUAGUUCAACCCUUAAAGAAGUUGUUAGUCUUUCAAAAUUUUCACUCACAAACAACGGCCACUGAGACCAAACUCUAAAAGCUUCCAUUUCGCUGUUACGAUUCUCUUGUUGCAAGUGCAAGCUUAGACAUUGAAGAAACCCUUUUGUUGCCUAAGACCUAGUUGUGAAAGAAGAGCCAAGAAUCAUCUUAAAAAAUGAAAAGGACCAGAGAAAUAGAGAAGGGAUCAGAGAUCAAGUCGGCAAUUGAAGAACUUUCGAUGCUGAUCAAACUCAAGCCUACAGGUGACAAUCAUGAUAGGACUACUGUUCAUAUACCCACAAGGCCUUUUAUGUAUGUCUGCAACCUUGUUAUUCAGGUUCUUGAUAAGAUAGGCCCAACAAUGACAGUUUUGAGACAAGAUAUUGAUCAGAAUAUUCAGAGAUUGAAGAUGCUAUGUGAUUCUGAUCCUUCAAUGUACUCCAAUUUGGUUGAGAUUUUAAAGAAAGAGGCCGAUGAAGGCGGUGCAAGAAAGGGUGCCAGCUGCAGUAAAGCCUCUGUUUGGCUUGCCAGAUCCUUGGAUUUUACGGUUGCUUUGUUAGAAAGGUUAGUGGCGGAUCCUGGUCAGGAAAUGGAGAAGCUCGUAGAAGAAUCUUACAAUGUCACUUUAAAGCCAUGGCAUGGUUGGAUUUCAUCAGCCGCUUAUAAAGUAGCUCUUAAAUUAGUACCUGAUAAUAAAACCUUGAUUGAUCUGCUCAUGCCAAAAGACGAAACCUCCGACACCCUUAAAGAGGAUGUGCAAACAUUGAUCUCACUACUUGUGCCUUUUUUAGAAGAGAUCCACUCUGUUCUGGUAAGCCACCAAAUUGAUGUGUCCUGUCCUUUAUAUAAAGUGUCUCUGCUAUGUUUCUGGUUACUUAGAUCAUUUCUUUUCUUCCAUGUCGGAGAUAUUGUACGGUUUGGAUAGGUUGAAGUCCACUUAAGGUGAAAACACACAAAGAUGGGCGAAAAAACACACAAAAGAAAGCAAAGCAAAUGUACAGAGUUUGUCUUUUACAUAACUACUAGUUUUCUUCUUUUAGUUUCUUUCGUGUAACUAUGAGUUUUGUGAAUAGCUGAUCGAGUUAUGUGGGAAAUAUGCUGUAACACUAACUUACUGUAAUGUCCACAAACUAUAUCUUGAAAAAAUGUCCAUAUCUGGCCGCAAAGGCAUUUUGUUUA